CAGCUGCUCGUGUUGACUGCACCGGACCAGGUGGACGACCACCAUAAGUGGUCGGCGCGCCCAAUUUCUUAGCCCCAGUCGCUCUGAGAGAACGUUGGUCGGUCAUCACCCCUCACGCUCUCCUCCUCCGUUGCGUCGCUACGCCCCACCCGCUCAUCACUUUCCCGCGAUUUCUCACUCCACAGUCCACGCUCUCUGUCUCUCUCUCUCUCUCUCGACUCUUCUUUAGGUCUCAAAUGUUUUUCCAUAUAUAAAUAUCACUAGCGAGCUUCCCUACUCGCCACUCUCUUCACUCCUGAGCACUCGCUCUCGCUGCUAGGGUUUUCUUCUUUUCUUUUUUCCCCAUCUUUUUCAAUCUCGCGUCCGCUUCUUCAUCUCUGCGACCGAGCGAGUGGGCGGAGAAAAUGGGAUUCCCGGUGGCGGCAGGAGGUGCCGCAGUGCUGGCGGUGGUGGUGGCGGCGGCGGCUUUGGCGUCGCUUCCACCGUUGGUGGCGCGGGAGGUGUCGGGGCCCCACAUAGCGGAUUUGAACGUGCUGUUGCCUCCCCGCAUGACUAACCCCGUCGGGUACCGCCUUCAAGGAAGCGACGGCUGCUUUUCUUGGUCAUGGGAUCAUCAUGAUAUUUUAUCUGUGCAGCCUGAGUAUAAUGUCAGUAGUAGGUGCUCAACAAGUGCUCGAUUGAUAUCGAUUGCCCCUUAUAAUGGUAGAAAGGAGACUGCAGUUUAUGCUACUGAUCUCCAUAGUGGAAUCACAAUUCGCUGUAAAGUUUUUAUUGAUGAAAUAUCCCGAAUCCAGAUAUUCCAUCAUGCUAUUAAAAUUGACCUAGAUGAACUUGCCACACUGCGUAUUCGCGCCUUUGAUGAUGAAGAAAAUGUGUUUUCAUCACUGGUAGGAUUACAGUUUCUGUGGAAACUUGUUCCAAAAUCUUUUGAAGAUGAUAACAGCCAUUAUCUUGUUCAUGUUCCAUUAAAGGAAACACCACUAAGUGACUGUGGUGGUUUCUGUGGUGAUCUACGUACACAAAUAGAGCUUGAAGACAGAAACGUAGGUUCAGAUUUGUAUGUUGUGAAAGGAAUUGGAAUUGGCCAUGAGGUUGUUAGUGCCCAGUUGCUUGAACCAAAACUUGAGCAUGUGAUGGAUACAAUUGUUUUAACUGUUGCUGAAGCUAUGUCACUAGAUCCUCCAUCACCUGUCUUUGUCACUGUUGGUGCUCUGAUAUACUACAGUCUGAGGGUGAUUCGUCUGAAUGCUGCUCAAGUGAUUGAAUUACCAUCUCCGCAUCAUCGAUGGUAUGUCACAAACUCUUCAGUGGCUCGGGUGGACAGUAUGAUGGGGAUUGCUCAUGCCUUGAAUCUUGGAAUCACAAAUAUCAUUGUCGAGGACUCUAGAGUCUCUGAUCAUGUGCAGAUAUCAUCUUUUCAUGUUGUCACCCCAGAUAAACUGUGUCUAUACAUGGUGCCUGUGACCAAUGCUUCUGCUCCUCUUGAUGGGGCAGCACCCAUUCCUUCCUCGGUUGUUUGGUAUGUUUUUCCAGGCCAAGAAUACAUCAUUGACAUAAAAGUUUUUGCCGGGGGACCUGAUGGAAAUCAAAUACACAUCACAGAGAACAAUGAUCUUAAGUUGGAAAGCGAUACUCUUAGAUACUGGGAUUUAUUCUCUGUGUCGAAAGAUGUAGCUAUUAAAUACAACUGGCAAAAUUCUAGAUUGCUCAAACCAGUUUCUCCUGGGCGAGGAUAUCUGACUGCUUCUCUAACUUAUGAGAGAGGAAAUUCAGAAAUGGCCGAGGUUCUCAAAGUUGUCCAAGAAGUUAAUGUUUGCAACAAAGUCAAGUUGAUUUUUGGUGAAGACAAUGAGUACUUCCAAAUUAUUCACCUUCCUUGGGCUCCUGGGGUCUAUCAGGAAGCUCAACUAAAGGCAACUGGAGGUUGUGGCAAAACAUUGCAAGAUUAUAAAUGGUCUUCUUCUGACAAGGCAACUGUUUCAAUAUCUGCUUCUGGUGCUGUGAAGGCAAAAAGGCCUGGUCAAGUCAUAAUUAGGGUGGUUUCAGUUUUUGAUUCAAUGAAUUAUGAUGAGGUGGUCAUUGAAGUUUCCGUUCCUUCGUCUAUGGUUAUGCUGCCAAUCUUUCCUGUGGAGGUGGUUGUAGGAACUGAAAUUCAAGCUGCUGUGACAUUAAAAACAUCAACUGGUGUCUACUUUCACAAAUGUGAUGCUUUUAGUUCUUUCGUGAGGUGGAAAGUGUUUUCUGCCGGUGAAUGCUUCAGAGUAAUUGAUAAAACAGGGAAGGCAUGGACUUCAGAUAUGCUGCCUCACACUGAGGGCUCUAAGCCACUAUAUGGCUACCCCUGUGCAUGGACAUAUCUGUAUGCUUCUGGUGCUGGUCGAGCCAUGUUGCAUGCAACACUGUCCUCUGAAUCACAGUCUUCUUUUCAGUUCUUGGAUGGACCAAUCAUUCUAAAAGCAGCUUCACCUAUAGCCGCAUAUUACCCACUUGUUGUUUAUCAGGCGCAAAAUGGGAAUCACUUUGGUGGUUAUUGGAUUGAUUUGUCUAGAAUAUUUGCUGGGAUCCAGGAUUCGGAUGGUACAAGUCUGAAUGAGCUGUAUCUUGUUCCUGGAUCAGGAAUGGAUGUGCUGUUACUUGGAGGGCCUGAAAGAUGGGACCAUGGGGUUGAUUUUGUAGAAACUGUAAAUAUUCUUGGUGAACCAAAUUCGUCGGCAAUCAAUGCUGUCAUUGUGCAGCAGGCAUCCUCCAGUGGUGGGAGACAGUACAAAAUUUUCUGUCAAUCAUUGGGGAAUUAUAAACUGCUCUUUUCACGUGGCAAUUUGGUUGGUGCUGAUCAUCCCAUGCCAGCUAUAGCAAAAGUGGAAUUGUCUGUAAUUUGUAGCUUUCCUUCAUCCAUCAUGCUCCUUGCUAAUGAAGCUGCAAAUACACUUGAUACCAUAGAGGCUGCAAGCAAUGCUGAUCGUGGUCCAGGAAGACUCCGAACUGCUCCUGUUAUAGUCUCCAAUGGAUGUACCAUACGUCUAGCAGCUGUUGGUAUUCAUAAGACUAGAAGAGCUUUUGCAAACUCAUCAUCUCUUUGCUUGAGGUGGGAACUGAGUGGUUGCAAAGACUUGGCGCAUUGGAGUGACACUAACAGUUUUGAGAGAUCUGAGGCCACUUGGGAGAGGUUUCUGGUUUUACACAAUGCAUCAGGAGUGUGUACCGUUCGUGCUACAGUAGUUGGUUUUCCUGAAACCAUGGCCAGUCAUCUUUAUGAAAAAGCAUUUUCAUGGCUAGAAAGAGCAGAAGCUGUUCUCACCGAUGCCAUCCAUUUGCAGCUGGUUUCUUCCUUGCGAGUUGUACCAGAGUUUGUCUUAUUAGUUUUGGAUCCCGAAGCAAAGGUAAAUCUGUCAGUCACUGGGGGAACCUGUUUCCUGGAUGCUGUAACAAAUGAUACGGAAGUUGCAUUUAUUAUCCAACCGCCUGAAAGUACUCAAUGUUCACACUUAAUUGUUGGUGCUAGAGGCUUGGGUUCUGCUCUAGUGACAGUUCGUGAUAUUGGACUUUCUCCUCCUGCUGCUGCUUCUGCCCUGGUUAGAGUGGCAGAUGUUGACUGGAUUAAGAUAAUUCCUGAACAAGAACUAAGCCUAAUGGAGGGAACCACCGAAAGAUUUGAUAUUUUAGCAGGGACACAUGAUGGAUGUAUCUUUGACUCUUCUCAGUACAUGUACAUGAAAAUCAAAGUGCAUCUUGAGGAUGGCAUACUGGAACUCAUUAGUGAGAACUAUUCUCCAGUAAAUGGUGAAUGGGUAGUCUUCGGGCCAAAAUUUUCAGUUAGAGCUUUGAAUAUUGGUAUUACAACUCUUUAUGUCAGUGUUAAGCAGAAAUCUGGAUACGAACUAUUAAGUCAACUUGUUAAGGUGGAAGUUUACAAACCACUACAAUUACAUCCAGAAUAUAUAUACCUUGUACCCGGAGCUUCUUAUCUGCUUACUGUGAAAGGUGGGCCAAAAAUUGGUGCUUCUGUUGAGUAUGCUAGCAUGAAUGAAGGAAUUGCAGUAGUUCAAAAAUCCUCGGGAAAGCUUUCUGCAAGUUCCAUAGGAAAUGCUACUGUCCAGGCAGCUAUCUAUGGGAAUGGAGGUAUCUUGAUUUGUGAAGCAUAUGGAAGAGUUGAAGUGGGGAUCCCAUCGGCAAUGACUUUGAAUCUGCAGAGUGACCAGCUUUGCGUUGGUUGCAAAAUGCCUGUCUUUCCAACCAUUCCUGAGGGGGAUUUAUUUUCCUUCUAUGAGAUCUGUAAAGAUUACAAGUGGAUGGUAGAGAAUGAAAAGGUGGUGAGCUUUGAAACAGCCACAUCUUUGCAUUCUGAUGUGCACAAAGCCUCAUCAUCUUGCUUAGGAAAUAACCAUCCAUGCUAUUCAGAUGAUAGGGAUGAUGGAUUUAUCAAUGUUUUGAUUGGCAGAUCUGCAGGCAAAGCAAGAGUUUCCAUUUCAGUUUCUUGUGAUUUUGUUUUAAAUGGUCAUCCUCAACCAGUGUCUUACAAUGCAUCCAAGUCAUUGAUGGUGGUAUCUGAUCCUCCUCUGGCUCUUGGGAUACCUAUAACCUGGGUCCUCCCACCCUUCUAUACCUCAUCAGAGCUUUUGCCUAGAUCUUCGGACUCAUAUGGGCAAGUAGACUCCCAUAAGCAUAAAGCUACUACUUACUCUAUGCUGAGGGCAUGUGAAGGAAAUGGCCUUUUAAGACAGGAGGGUAUUACUAUUGAUGGAAGUAAAAUUAGAACAAAAGAAAGUAAUGAUCUUGAUUGUAUUGAAGCAAAUGACCGAUCAACAGGAAGAACGGUGAUUGCAUCUUGUGUAAGGACUGCUCAGGUGUCACAAGUAAGGGUAACCACACCAGAAUCUUCUUUCCACAUGGCUUACCUUCCUGUCGAUGCCAAAAUGGAAUUGAUUAUUAGCUACGCUGAUGAUUUAGGAUAUCCAUUCUCUGAGGCAUUUGGUGUGGUUCAUUUGGAUAUUGAAACUAAUAAUCCUGAUGUUGUAUCUGCUUUCAUGUCAAAGGCUGAUGAUAGCAUGCAUGGCAGCAGUGAACAUGUUACUCUACAGGCAAAGAGGCCUGGUAAAGCUCUUGUAAGGUUAUCCAUCAAUCGUAAUCCAAGGAAGGCAGACUUCAUGCUGGUAUCAGUUGGUGCGCGAUUGUUUCCUAGAAAUCCAGUUCUACAUGUUGGACGCUAUCUUAAUUUUUCUGUACUUGGAGAUGGUUUGGAUGGCCUUCGAUCAGGUCAAUGGUUAACCAGUAAUGAAAGUGUUCUAUCAGUAAAUAGAAUCACUGGAGAAAGUCAUGCUAGGGAUCAAGGUACAGCUGAAGUAACCUUUGAAGGUAUGAAUUUGAAAUUGCAAACAACAGUUACUGUGCUGAAGGUUGAACAAAUAAUAGUCGAUGCUCCAACAGAGACGUUGACUAACAUUCAGUUUCCACCCAAUGGUCACAAGUUCUUGGUGAGGUUUAGUGAUUCCCUGGACUACAAGUUUGAAGCUCCUAGAAACCAACUUGAAGUCCCAUAUGACUGUAAGGUUGACCCACCUUAUGUUGGAUAUGCAAAGCCAUGGAGUGAUCACGUUGCUGGUAAUUCAUAUUGCCUCUUUUUCCCAUACUCACCAAAACGUUUGCUGAGUUUAAUGUCCAAGUCAAACGUGAGAUUGGAAGAGACUACUAGCAACGGAGGAUUUAUAUAUGUUUCCAUUAUUGCAUCAUUGAGAGAAGCCCCAUCCAUUAUGGGAUCUGCACAUGCACCGUUUGUUGGAGGAUUCUCAAUUGCAGUAGUAGGGAAGGUCAAUUUGACACCUGACUCCAAUAAAAGCCUGAUAACAGUCAUGGGGAAUACAGAUGUGGAGGUAUACUGGAACGCUAAAGAUUUGUUGAUGGUAAGCCCCAUUAGUAUCGUUGGAUUUGGUUUUGGAGGCCAUGCUGAGUAUGAGGUCAAAGUCCUUAAAAACCAAAGAUUCACAGAUAAAAUCACCAUUGUACUUCCUGCCACUGGUCAGACAGAAGAAAUUGAUGUUAGUUACGAGCUUGGAGAAAGAACUGCUCCAGCGGGGAUAAGCGAGAUCACGUGGUCUGCAAUUGUAGUCUGUGCGGUUGUCUUGAUGCUCACAGUCAUUAUCUUCAUGAGGUUGCUCGAUAAACCAGCCAGAUCCACACCAGUCAGGCAGGGGGCCCCUGCUGCCUCAUCAGUUGUUGUGGGCCCUUUGACACCUGACCGUACCUCAGCUGGUACUGUUCGGUCCUCUCCGCAUACCCCCCAGCGUUUCAUGGAGUAUGUGAGAAGGACAAUUGACGAAACUCCAUACUAUAACCGAGAAGGGAGGAGGAGAUUUGACCCUCAGUAUACCUACUGAAACGUCUUAAACCUUCAGCUGAUAUAUGGAAAUUCCGUGUGUGGAAUAAUCUUUAUGAAUGUGAAUAUCAAUGAUUUGUAACAUUUAUGUUGAAGCAUGAUUGUAGAGGUGCAAGAUUUUGGCUGAACUAUGUUUGUCGAAGGGAGUUUUUGAUUGUAGUAUAUCCCUUUCGGUUAAGGUUUCUUUACUCAUCCUGAUCUUUUCUUGCUG